UCCGGUCGAGUUUCUCUCACAUUCCACUCUCCCCCUGGGUCCUGCGUGCCGACGCCAUAUAGCCCAGAGGGCCCAUAGGAGACGAGCAUCAGAGACCGAAGAAAGUCAGCGAGCUGGAACCCAGGCGUCCCGUUUGGAAGUGUCCAAGGAGAUCGCCCCAAGUGCGCCAGCCGAGUCUGGGAGAGUUUCCUUUUGGCCGAGAGGGGGAGCCCCGCGUUCCCAGCCGGGAGCGACCCGGAGUCCCGAGCCUCGAGCCUCAGCCGCCAGCUAGCGCCAGUUUUGGCUUCAGCCGAUUAGGAAGAGGAGGGAGGGGGCCGAGAGCGCGUAGAGGGAGGGGACCGGAGCCGGAGGGUCCCGAGUCCAGCUCGCUGUUGACGUAGAGAAACUUUCCCUCUCGGCCACGGAAACGGCGCCCGGGCUGCGCCGGAGCGGAGUUCGCCAGGCUCCGAGGACGCGGCGGCUCUCCAUGUCCCUGCCCGGAGCCUGACCCGACUGCAUCAGUCAGUAAGUUAUGUGUAAUUUCAUCUGAUAUACACAAGAGAGAAAGUAAUUGAAGGCAAAUUCAGAUGGGAACUGGAUGAUUGAAAGUCAAGUGUCUGCAUAUUCCUUCAACUAUAUUUGAACAUACCUAUCCAGGAUAUAAAGUGUGAUUGAACUGAACAUCUAUUUGGUUGAUCCUCAUCAUGAACCGUGCUUUUAGCAGGAAGAAAGACAAAUCAUGGAUGCAUACGCCAGAGGCUUUAUCAAAACAUUACAUUCCCUAUAAUGCAAAGUUUCUUGGCAGCACAGAAGUGGAGCAGCCCAAAGGAACAGAAGUUGUGAGAGAUGCUGUAAGGAAGCUAAAGUUUGCAAGACAUAUCAAGAAAUCUGAAGGCCAGAAAAUUCCUAAAGUUGAGUUGCAAAUAUCAAUUUAUGGAGUAAAAAUUCUAGAACCCAAAACAAAGGAAGUUCAACACAAUUGCCAGCUUCACAGAAUAUCAUUUUGUGCAGAUGAUAAAACUGACAAGAGGAUAUUCACUUUCAUAUGCAAAGAUUCUGAGUCAAAUAAACAUUUGUGCUAUGUAUUUGACAGUGAAAAGUGUGCUGAAGAGAUAACUUUAACAAUUGGCCAAGCAUUUGACCUGGCGUAUAGGAAAUUUCUAGAAUCUGGAGGAAAAGAUGUUGAAACAAGAAAACAGAUUGCAGUGUUACAGAAAAGAAACUUAGUGUUCUCAUGUGACUUUGCUUCACUUCCUGAUGCUUCUCAUGGGGAUCAGAGCAGCAGAAGCAGCAGAUGCUGGAUUCAAGACUUAGAAACAGAAAAUAUGGAACUUAAAAACAAAGUACAAGAUUUGGAAAACCAGUUGAGAAUAACCCAAGGAUCAACAUCUCCACUGCUGCACAAAAUGUCUGAUCAUGAGCAACACGGGUUUCAGAGAUGCUCACCUUCUUUCUGGCGUAGAACUGAUGAUUCAUCUCCCUGUCUAAAUAUUUCUUCCAUUACUGUCACUCCUGUCAACUCGCCUGAUUCCAGACUAUCAUUGGGACUGUUAAUACCACCACCUUCUAAAUGUGGCCUUCCCAAGCCAAUCAGUGAGAGCAGCAUCCCAAGACCUCAUGCAGGCAAUGUGACACCUAAGUCUCCCUCCACUGACAUCUUUGAUAUGAUUCCAUUUUCUCCAAUUUCACACCAGUCUUCAAUACCUACUCGCAAUGGCACGCAGCCACCUCCAGUCCCUAGUAGAUCUACCGAGAUUAAACGGGACCUAUUUGGAGCAGAACCUUUUGACCCAUUUAACUGUGGAGCAGGGGAUUUCCCUCCAGAUAUUCAAUCAAAAUUAGAUGAGAUGCAGGAGGGGUUCAAAAUGGGACUAACUCUUGAAGGCACAGUAUUUUGUCUCGACCCGUUAGACAGCAGGUGCUGAUGUCAAGAACAAGAGGUCUUGAAUCUGUUAAAUUUGUUUUGUAUACAUAUCUAUUAUUCAUUAUUACUUAUGACAGGUAUUAUACAUGUACCAAUAUAUUUUUGAAUCUCAUAACUUUCUGAAAAUUAUUUCAGUAAAAUUUCCUCAUACUUUCACUGUUGAACUGUAGCAUUUUGUUUUAAAAACAACUCACUGUAAAGUAAAUCAUACUUUUAUGUUCCUUUCUGUUUGUUUGUAGAAGAAUUUAUAAUUGAAAGACAAAUUAUCCAAAUAUCUGCCUGUGUCUGAGCUCUAAACAAUUAGCUUCUUCAAAUUUAAGUUCAUUCUCUAGGAUGCUAGUUUAUUACUGAUUUCCCAAAAGCCAUACCUUAAAGAUACCUUUCAGAGUCCUGAAGAGAUACACCAAUGCCAAACUAAAUAUGUUCUAUAUUCAAACCAAUAGACAUGUUACCAUUCAUUAGACAGAUGUCAUUUUAUGUGUGAAAUGUUGUUCAUAUUAUUCGGAAAAUGUAAACUUUGAAUAUAAUACCACCAGAUCAUUUUAGCAGGUAAAAUAACAAAAAUAUAAAUUCCAAUAAUAAUUAAACUAAAUGUAUUUAGAGUACUUAUUAGUAUAAGCAAGGUAAUAAUGUUAGUUAUUGUUAUCAGCUACACUCUAAAUAUUACACUUAAAAUAAAAUUUAAUUUCUAAUGAGAUAAGUUACAUUACUAAACAUCAUCUGAUCUGAAGUUUCUGAAAAAAACAUUUGGAAUAUAUGCUGUCUAUAGUUGCAGUAUCUAUUACCCAUAUAUACUUUACCAAAUAUAUUUUUUCUGAACUGAAUAAGACUAUCCUUCCUAUAUUUUCUCCUUCGAUAAAGAUAUUUUCUCACCAAAGUUUAUUUUGUGAUGACCCAUUAGUUUUGAUACUGUUAAAAAUCUAUGGCACCUGUUCUUUAUGAAUUAUCAACAUUAUUUAGCAAAUUUAAUUUGUAUCUGUUUUGUUAAACUCAGAAUCUCAUUUUUCACAAAAAUGAAAUUGCUGCUCAGUUUAGUCUUUAACAUGAACAAUAACAUUUUCUUGCAGCUGAUUCUUGAUGUGCUGAUGAACUCUGACUUUUAAAAAGGUUUGUUUCUUACACCUUUGCCCAUUAUGUAACAGACUGUAAUUUGUACUGAGUGCAGCAAAAUUUAUGGUCAAAUUUAUAAUUUGGUUCAUCACAUUAUAAGAAAAAAAAUUAAAUUAAUGAAAAUAUGAGCUUAGAUUGAGGGUAGAUCUCAAAAAUGUUUCUUUUCCUUUAGUCAUGGGAAUUUUCUUCACGUGCUAAAGGUACAUUUUCACUAGGAACAGAAAUCAAAUAGGCUUAUGCAAUAUUAUAUUUGUAUGUAUCUCCAUAAUGUUCUGUGGUGUAUAUAAGCCUUCUUGUUUGCUUUCUGUUAUCUGCUAAGUUGUACCUUAAUUAGAGGGUAGUAUAUGUUUCAUAAAGAAGAGUCUUUAUAAUUUUGUUUGUCAUAUAAUAUUUCGAAAUUUGUAUAAUAAGGAUGUUUAGAAGCCAUAUCAAUGGCUUUUUUUAACAGAUAGAAUUUGUAUUUUUAUUGUACUUUAUAAAGCUUUGUGUAAUAGGUAUAUAUUUAGUGGCGAUUUAUUAUCAAUGGUAACACAAUAGAGUACUUUGCACAUUUAAAAUACGUUAUUGUACCAAUUUUCAAUGGUAAUCAGUUCUGCUACUGGCAUGAUUAAAUAGUAUAUAAUUGGUCAUUAAUUAUGAACAUUUAUUUCACCAGUGCAUUUUUAUGAAGAUACAGUUGCAAAUUGUAUUUCUAU